UGCAAAACAUCCCCAUCAACUACUGGAUCAAGAUGGGUUAUCGCUACAGUACUUCUGUCCGUAGUUAUUCUGUACAUUAUCUAUAAACCUUUACCUUCUGGCCUCACAACGAAACCAUUGGAUCGGUUCUAUAUUCAUCUUUUUGAAUCGUCACUAAGAGUGACCUACUAUUGGCCUAGCCGGAUAUUUCCGAAAGCGAGCACAAUGGUCUGGUGGACACGGACAGUACUUAACGCCCUAUCGCCAAUACUUGGACCGUGGUGGGAUGAUGGUUCACUCGUUGUGGAAACACAAGUCUGGGAUGGAGUUACGGUCCGAGUUUUUGCACCUCGUGUUAACGCUUCAACAAAUGGUGCUGUCUUUUUCAUACACGGUGGAGGGUUUGCUCUUGGUAACAUCGACAUUUAUGACUCGCUCACGAGGCGGAUAGCUCAUAUGUUGAAUUCUGUCGUUGUAUCUGUAGAAUAUCGACUAUCACCUGAAACUCCUUUUCCGGGUGGACUGCACGACUGCGAGACAGCCUUGGAAUAUUUUUUAAGAACUGCUGAAGCAAAAUAUGGUGUUGAUCCGAAGAAAGUCGUUUUGAUGGGAGACUCAGCUGGCGGCAAUCUCGUUGCUGCAAUCACCCAACGACGUAGAGAUACUCGGGCAAAGCCUACCAUUCUCGGUCAAGUGUUGUUGUACCCACUACUUCAACUGGCUGAUUUUCAGUCUAUGUCGUAUCGUUAUUUCUUCAAGAAUCUGCAGGGUACAGCCCUUGUCGAUCCUGAAUCGGUCGUAUACUAUUACAUGUUCUACACCGGAAUUGACAUGGAUAAACAUGGCGACUUGGUUAAGUAUGUCCUCGUUAACGGUCACAUUGCACCACAGAUUCGUGAGAAAGUGGACAAGAUUCUCGAUUAUACUCCAUUUUCUUAUAUGAACUAUGGAAAUGAGUCGUUACCUGAAAGGCAUCCAGUGCUAUACUCUGAGGAGGCUCAACGGAUUUUAGCUCCAUUCAUCACUAAUCCGUAUUUCUCUCCUUUGAUGCAAGAGGAUUUGUCUCACCUACCUCCCGCAUUUGUGAUGACUUGUGAAUUCGACGUUUUGAGAGACGAAGGGAUUUUGUACGCCAAGCGUUUGAAGGAGGCCGGAGUGAAAACUGAAGCUCGGAACUAUGAAAAUGGUUUCCAUGCUAUGCUGAAUUUCCAUCAUGAAAUCGAUGAGGCUGCAAAUUCUCUGAAAGACAUCGUCGGUUGGACAAAGGAUAUUAUUGCCUCUGCA